AUGCCGGAGCCGGUGUACGGAACCAGGGACGAGGCGGCGGUCGGCAGAGGGAUUCAGGUGGGAGGUUUGCAGCCCGAUCACCUCUACUACGCCAGCCAGUUCGGAGCUGCAGAUGGCUUGCCGUUGCAGCACCAAAUGGCAAAGCCUGACCAGUGGGCAGAUUCUUCCUCCUUGCACAGCAUGCUGGGGUCAGUAAUACAGUCAGAUCAGGCUGAGCAGGAGCAGGACAGCGGUCUUCAGCUGGUGCACCUGUUGCUGGCGUGCGCCGACUUCGUGUCCAAGGGCGACCAGCCCUCCGCCCUCCGCCACCUCCACCUCCUCCGCCGCGUCGCCUCGCCGCUCGGCGACUCCAUGCAGCGCGUCGCCUCCUACUUCGCCGACGCGCUCGCCACUCGCCUCUCGGUCUCCUCGGGCACCGCCAUCUCCCCGCGCGGUGCGGGCGCUCCUUACCCCUUCCCGCCGUCGCCCGAUACCCUAAAGAUUUACCAGAUCCUCUACCAGGCAUGCCCUUACAUCAAGUUCGCCCACUUCACGGCCAACCAGGCCAUUUUCGAGGCCUUCCACGGCGAGGACCGCGUCCACGUCGUCGACCUCGACAUCCUCCAGGGCUACCAGUGGCCGGCUUUCCUCCAGGCGCUCGCGGCGCGGCCGGGUGGCCCGCCGACGCUAAGGCUGACGGGGGUGGGCCACCCGGCCACGGCUGUAAGGGAGACCGGGCGGCACCUUGCCUCCCUCGCCGCGUCGCUGCGUGUGCCGUUCGAGUUCCAUGCCGCCGUGGCCGACAAGCUGGAGAGGCUGCGCCCUGCCGCUCUGCAGCGCCGCGUCGGGGAGGCGCUGGCCGUGAACGCGGUGAACCGCAUGCACCGCGUCCCCGGCGCUCACCUCGGCCCGCUGCUGUCUAUGAUCCGUGACCAGGCUCCCAAGAUCAUGACGCUCGUGGAGCAGGAAGCUGGCCAUAACGGCCCAUACUUCUUGGGCAGGUUCCUGGAGGCACUGCACUACUACUCGGCCAUCUUCGACUCGCUGGACGCGACAUUUCCGGCAGACUCAGCGCCACGGAUGAAGGUCGAGCAAUGCCUCUUGGCUCCUGAGAUCCGCAAUGUGGUGGCGUGCGAGGGCGCUGAGCGGGUGGCACGACACGAGCGGCUAGACCGGUGGCGCCGCAUCAUGGAGGACCGUGGAUUUGAGGCCGUGCCGCUAAGCCCAGCGGCCGUCGGCCAGAGCCAGGUCCUCCUAGGACUUUACGGCGCUGGUGACGGGUACCGGCUCAACGAGGAAAAAGGGUGCCUCCUCCUCGGCUGGCAGGAUCGUGCCAUCAUCGGCGCAUCAGCGUGGCGGUGCUGA